UUCAUUUUCAUGCAUACCGUUUUUCUGCUAUAAAUCCUCCCCACCUCUACCUCAAAAACCUCUUCCUCUUCUCCUCUCCUCCUCCUUUUAGCCUUUGUAGAUCUUAUUUCUACACAGCUGCUAUCUUCUUCUUUGUAGUUUACGUAAGGCUUUGCUUUCUCUGGGCUGCCUUGCUUUCUCUCCCUUCAGAUUCUGCUUCCUUAGGGCUCUGAUUUCUAGUUCAGUGUCCUCCUCCCUUUGCUUAUUACCAAAAGCCCAUUUGAUCAUCUAGCUCAUAAAGUUUCAAUCUUGGCAACAAAAGUUUCGAUCUUGGCAAGAAGAAGAUUGAAUCUUUGUUGGUUUUUUUUUUUUUCUUACUUAACAAAAAAACUUUCUUUUGUCUCCAUGAAUCUUGAAGCUGCAUAUGUUCCAGUUUGAGACUCAUGUCUCCUGUUGUUAGUGAAAUCCUCCGUUCCGGGCUUAUGAUAAAUUCCUCCCUCAGGCGCAGGACCCAUCUCGUUCAAUCUUUCUCUGUUGUUUUCCUCUACUGGUUUUAUGUUUUCUCAUAAACAUCUCGCUCACUAGUGCUUGAUUUAUAUAUAUGUAUUAAUAGUAAUUAGUGCUUAAUAGGACAUAUCAUAAAGCUAUUUUAACUGAAAUAAAUUUCUGGGUUCUGCGUCUGUUUUUCUGGAUUUGUAAGUUUAGGAUUACUAUUUUAUAUAGUAUAUCAUAAGCUGCUUGGUGUAAAUAGUGUAGUUCUGUCACCAUGGCUUCUUCUAGUGGUAAUUCUUCGGGGUCAACUUCUAGUCAGAUCAAGAACUCUGGAUCUGAAGGAGACCCUCAGCUGUUGAUGGACCAAAGGAAGAGGAAGCGAAUGCAAUCCAAUAGGGAAUCUGCAAGGAGAUCCCGAAUGAGAAAACAGAAGCAUUUGGAUGAUCUGAUGGCCCAGGUGGCUCAAAUCAAGGAGGAGAACAGCCAGAUUCUCUCAACCAUGAAUAUCACUACCCAACAGUUCUUGAAUGUGGAGGCUGAAAAUUCAGUCUUGGGGGCUCAGUUGACGGAACUAACUCAGAGACUGCAGUCUUUGAAUGAGAUCUUAAGUUACAUGAAUACCAGCAAUGGCAUGUUGGACACUCUGGAGCUUCAGCCCAAUUCUGAGAUUUUCAUGAAUAACCCGUGGAACUUGAUUUAUCCUAAUCAACCAAUCAUGGCCUCAGCUGAUAUGUUUCCUUAUUAAUUGGUGAUUAUUUUGAUCACCAACUUGGCCUGCUGAUCAAUAGUAUUUUGUUUGCCAACAGCCUUCACUGUGCCCAUUGAAUGUGUGGUGGAGAGGGGGAUGAUGAGUAGUAGCCGUCCUAUUGAAUUAAAAGUAUAUUACUAUUUAGUUAUAAUUAGCAUCUGAGAUAAGGUGAUGGAAAACUGCUUAAGCAGUCAAAAAAAAAAAGAGUGAUGUGGGGACUGGCUUAUUUGGCAUGUAAAUGAUGCAGUAUUACCAUGGGAAUUGAAUCGUUUGUGUUGACUUACUGCUCUUUC